AUGCAGACAUUUGUGCCAAAAAACCGCCGGCCUAGAUUCGAUCUUUUUAUAGAAAUUCACGACCUCAACAAUGUCCCGCUCGUUUCCGGUCAAGCCUACGUCAAAUGGCACCUCCAGGGCUCAAAUCGCGCCGAAGCCCGAGGGCGCACCACGAAGGAAACAAUAAAGGACCAUAAAGUCGCAUGGCACUUCACGCAUACCUGCGAAGAGAUCCGGAUGACCAUUGGGCGAAAUGGGAUGCUGCAGGAACAGCUCCUCAUCUUUGAGGUCUGCCAGGAGUAUGCGGGCGCGAGGGAGCGCAUUGCAUUGGGGACGGUGCAGCUCAAUUUGGCAGAGUAUACGCAGGUCCAUAGGGAUACAAGGAGGUAUCUGAUGCAGGAUAGCAAGAUUAAUUCGACUUUGAAGAUCACUGUUGCGCUGACCCAGGUUGGAGGAGAUGAGAAUUUCAUAGCCCCACAAUUACAAGGCGCCCAGGUUUUUGGGGGCAUAGCAGGAAUAAUCGGAGAAGCUCGAGAUGUGGAAGAUCCCGGACAUCGUUCUAUUUCCAGAUUUCAAAAGCGGGACAGAAGCGCGAUCCACGACAUGUACCGCAGUACCCUCGCAGCUUCGUGGCAACUUCAGGCAGGUGAACUCAACCCGGAGGAAUGCAUAGAUGAUAUCUUUGCCGGCGGUGACGGCUGGACCCCCCGCUCUGAACGAUUCCGUGGGAAACCCAAAUCAGUCAGAUAUGAGGGGGGGCUUAGUCGGGGAGGAAUGGACGGUAGUGAUAGUGAUUCGUUGAGCGCUGUGAGCAGCGGUGGGGGGAAUUCAACCACGGGAAACACACACCUCGGUACCAGCGAUCUACGACGAAAGCGGGACGGUGAUACACUAAGCAUUGUUAGCUUUGCUAUACCACCUACGGAAAGGAGAACAAGCGGCAGAAGUAGUAUCCGGAGCACUAUGAGUGAACGAGAGGUUGACGAGGUGCGCGCAAGGGAGGAUCUGGUUAGCUGGAAAAUGCCAGCGGUGUCGCGAUGA